UUCUGUCGCUCGCGACUUCUCCGCUUGCGCAAUAACGCGGCGUCGUUGUCUUUGCCUUGAGAAGGCGGGGAGGAGGAGGAGGAGAGUUGGCGGCGGCGGCAGCGGGGCAGCAGCGGCGGCUGGGAGCCGAGAGCCGGCGGAUGGAGCAGCCGCCGCCAUAGGAGUCGUUGGGGCGUCGCCUCCCUCGCCUCCCGGAGCCACUGCUGUUUGACAGAGGAGCCCCACCAGCCAGUCAUGUUUAAGGAUAAGUGGUGGAGUAGAUAAGCAUGAGACCUCCGUGGCACAGCUGCAUGUGCAUUCACUCUUGAAGCAAUUGCACACGUUAUUGGCUGACAAUCUUGGCAUUUUUUUAGUAAAAACAAAAUUUAAGGACAUGUGUUUGACUUGUCAAACUUGUUUGGUGUCAUCUGAUGGAGCCUUCUGGUAGUGAACAAUUCUGUGACGACCCUGACCUUGGAAGCAAAUCUCAAGACACAGAGAUCAAAAGGCAGCAUGAAUCGGAGCAAAAGCUAUCCAAAAUUACACACAAUGCCUUGGAGAAUAUUAAUGUGAUUGGUCAAGGCUUGAAGCACCUCUUCCAGCAUCAGCGUAGGAGGUCCUCAGUGUCUCCCCAUGAUGUUCAGCAAGCUCAGAUUGAUUUGGAACCUGAAAUGGAAUUGGAAUACCAAAGCACAUGUGCUGAAAUUGAUGGUAUCUCUACCCACCCCACAGCUCUGAACAGAGUUCUCCAACAAAUCAGAGUGCCACCUAAAAUGAAGAGAGGAACAAGCCUACACAACAGGCGGGGGAAGAUAGAUCCUUCAAAGGGAAGCCCCCAGAUCAACAGGAAGUCUCUCCAGGAUAUUCAUUCAGGCCGGCCCAGAUCUUCGUCAACUACUGAUGCCCCUACUAAUUUGUCUGUUCUAGAGAUGGCCUCUCCCAUCUGUCUAGGUGGUGAAGAGGUUGUAUCAGCAGAUCGGAUCGAACGAUUAGAUGUAAGUAGUCUAGCACAAACGUCUAGUGCAGUGGCCUCAAGCACAGAGUGCAGCAUCAAUGCAGAUUCUGUUGAUGGAACACCAGAUCCUCAGCGCACGAAAGUGGCCAUCACCCACUUGCAGCAAAAAAUACUAAAGUUGACUGAGCAAAUCAAAAUAGAGCAAACAGCUCGGGAUGACAACGUGGCAGAAUACCUAAAAUUAGCCAAUAAUGCUGACAAGCAGCAGAGUGCCCGCAUCAAGCAGGUGUUUGAGAAGAAGAACCAGAAGUCAGCUCAGACAAUCCUCCAAUUGCAGAAGAAGCUAGAGCACUACCAUCGGAAGCUGCGAGAGAUUGAACAGAAUGGUAUCCCUCGCCAGCCCAAAGAUGUCUUGAGGGAUAUGCACCAGGGGCUGAAGGAUGUGGGAGCAAAGGUCACUGGCUUCAGUGAAGGAGUGGUUGACAGUGUUAAGGGUGGACUUUCCAGUUUCUCCCAGGCAACCCAUUCAGCAGCAGGGGCUGUUGUUUCAAAACCCCGGGAGAUUGCUUCACUCAUUAGGAACAAAUUUGGGAGUGCAGACAAUAUUUCUAAUCUGAAGGACUCCUUGGAAGAAGGUCAAGAAGAUGGAACUGGGGGAAAGACUUUAGGUGUUCAUAACUUUCAGUCAAGCCCAAAAUAUGGCAGUGAGGAAGAUUGUUCGAGUGCCACAUCAGGCUCUGUGGGGGCCAAUAGCACCACCGGGAUCCCCAUGGGAGCGCCAAGCUCCAAAACAAACACUCUAGAAAUGCAGAGCUCAGGGUUUGAUGCAAUACUGCAUGAGAUUCAAGAGAUCAGAGAGAUGCAAGGACGACUGGAGGAAUCAUUUGAGAAUCUUAAGGUUCACUAUCAGAGGGAUUAUUCCCUGAUAAUGCAGGCUCUGCAGGAAGAGAGAUACCGAUGUGAACGGCUAGAAGAGCAGCUGAAUGACCUGACUGAGCUCCACCAGAAUGAGAUCCUUAAUUUAAAGCAGGAAUUGGCUAGCAUGGAGGAAAAAAUAGCUUAUCAGUCUUAUGAGCGAGCCAGAGACAUCCAGGAGGCAUUAGAGGCAUGCCAGACCAGAAUCUCAAAGAUGGAACUGCAGCAGCAACAACAGCAAGUUGUCCAGUUGGAGGGCCUUGAAAAUGCCACUGCCAGAAACCUUCUGGGCAAAUUAAUUAAUAUCCUCUUGGCUGUCAUGGCUGUUCUAUUGGUCUUUGUCUCCACUGUGGCCAACUGUGUUGUCCCCCUCAUGAAAACUCGCAGCAGGACGUUCAGCACUUUAUUUUUAGUGGUCUUCGUUGCCUUUUUGUGGAAGCACUGGGAUGCCAUUACUGGCUACUUGGAACGGUUCUUUUCACCCCCUAGAUGAUGUCAAGAAGAACUGGCUGUUGCCCCACCCACUCCGGUUUGCUCUGGCAAGUGAGCGUGGCAAAGUUUAGUCAGCCACUCCUUCCUCUGCUGAAGUUUGAAAGUGUCAGAGUGUGAAUUUGUUUACAGUUUAAAUAACAUUUUCUCUCUGUGAGAUGCAUUGGCAAUAGUAUUUUUUAGAUUUUAUUCAAGAGCUCUUUUUGGCAAAAAUCCUGGAUAAUUUUUAUGUAGCAUGGUUCUCUUUGGAUGCAAAUCUUAAGAUUCCUUAAGUGUACAAAAAUAAAACACCAAUUUGGAGCACACCAAUUUAAAUUAUGGUGAAUUACUGUACUAAACCUGUUGGGAAGAGGAGAAGACAGUUACGUAAACCAUAAAAAAGAUUAAUCUAGUGCAACUAUACCGUGACGUUAUAAUGCUACUGUGAAACUGACCACAUUCCAUGUCCAAAUGUAUAGCUUCAGGGUGGCUUUCCCUAAUGGAAGACCAAUGCAAUGCACGGAACUCCCUGGAUCGGUUGCUGGGUUAGCCUCUUCUGCUAACCACUCUCUUUCUGUAUGGCCUAUUAAACAUUUUGGCUAGGUAUAUGAAGUGGAUGAGUUAUACCAUACAUAGUUACUGCACAGUUGUACUACAGUAUUUUGAAGUAGCCCUUUAAAUACUAUAAGCAAAAGCCUUUGGUUGCACUUUUACGGUUACAGUUUUUUAAUAUAUGUAUAGUCACAGAUUUAAAAAUCCGAAUGGCAUACUUGAAGAGUGUAAUACUCAAACUCUCAGUGCUUCCUUAUUGUUUCUAAUAGGAUUUUUUAUUAUUCUUAUUGGGGGUUGUUUUUGAACUUAGUGGUUUUGGAGGGUUCAUAAUCUCUCCCCCCCCCUUUAAAAUAAAGAAGUGACAUUCUUAAAUGAAGAAAUGUGUGAAUAAAUGUGAGCUGUCUUAUCCUGAAACAGUUUUGGGGAGGGCUGAAAACAGCUUCUAGUGCAUCUUGAGUGCUGACCUAUUCAGAUGUGAUUUGUGUUCUCCUUAACUUGCUGAUGCAGCAUCACAAAAAGAGCUCGCUCUCUCCUCCUGUCAGACUUUACAUAGAUUAUUUUUCUUCUAAUGGGAGGAGUGGGGGGUGCACUGGGGGUUGAAUUUCUCAUCCCCUAGAUCUGUUACAUAUAGACUCUGAAUAUUUUCAUGAGAGUAAGGAAAUUCUUGUUUGUCUUAAGGAGAGAUGAAAACUAACUUUUGAAACAACUAAGUGUGUGAGCCGAAGUUCUGUUCUGAGAAAAUAAAUUAGUACAUGAAAUUCUUAAUGUCACUGAUAAUCCAUAGGACUUAAAUUUUUGGUUUAGGCUCCUGCAUGCCAAAGUUGGGCUUGUGACUGAAUAGCCUACAUUCAGUCAACUUCAGAUCUAUUCAAAAAGCUACCCUGUAUCUUUAAGGAAAGAGUAAAUGCUUAAGGAAACACCAGAUCAAAAGGCCAGUCCCAUAGAUAUUCUCAGAUUUAUUAUUCAAAUAAACCUCUGAUAACUGAAGCCAAAGUUCUCAUAUUAGUAAACUAACGGUGUUCACUGUUGGUGUGUUUGCAUUUAGAGCCCCUCUGUACAUCUUGUUCUCACAUAGUAUGCCAUAGAGUACAAUUGACAGGUUGUACAUGACCAAGAAGUGGGGAAAUGCAGAACUGCCAGUUGCUUGUGCCAGAUCUCUCCCUUACUCCACCCCCACCCACCCCCACAAACACCCUAUCUUGUCCUGAGCAAGACUUGCAGUUAGGGGGGGAAAUGGCAUGAACUGCUUUUGCUUCUACGUUUCCUGCUUUUUGGAAACACAAGGACUGGCCCUGGGAUUGCAACAAAACUAACAUCAGCCAUGGUAUAGUGAGUUUCUGGAGCCUUUUUAAACAGUGACCAACAGGAUUUAUAUUUCUGGAAUUCAGAUCCAUUCUUAAUUCUGGAUGGCUGUCUUCAAUGUGAAACAGGUUUUUUUUAAGUCUGUUCUUUUACAUUGUUGGAAUUUAAUCACUUACUUUAAUGUACCAUUGGCCAUGUUCCAUCUAAGAAAUUAACAAUGCCCAAGUGACCUACAGUGAUAUAGAACAGGGAGCCCAGGAACUCUUGCUGUUAGGGCUUUAUACUCUAGAAUUGUGUUAAAAUUUCCUUUAAGUUCAUAAAUGGUACUUUCUUUCUGAUUGCCAGCAGCAAAAAGCCUUCCCUCUGCCCUGGUCAUUAUUCAAGAAAUUUAGCAUAUCACUUUUCAGAAUCACAGCUCUUUGUAUACUCAGGUUCCUCAAGCUAAUACCAUCACACCUCAUUAUCACUGGGCAAAUAUCUACUUACCCUUUAAAAGAAAUAAGUUGCCAAUUUCAACAGACUCAAGCCAAAAAAAACACCUAUUUUUCUAGACUUGCUGAUAUAGAAUGGGUUUGUUAGUAUUCCAGUACAAUCCCUCUUGAUCUGCCAUGAUAAUACUCUGUUAUGUUUAUGCCCACUCUGAUAUACCAUAGAAUCAUAUGCUUCCUACUGCCCCUUUUUCAAUUUUCACAAUAUUUCAUCAUAGCAUCUUAAAUGAAGCAACAAGGGCAGGCUUUGGUCUGCAUUCCGAAGUGUCUGAAAUAGGUCUCUUCCAGAAACUUGGUUCCUGGCAUCACCUUCAGAUUUUUGAUGGCAUGUAGAAUUCACUAGAUAGGUUUAACCCAGAAUACAAACCAAUGCAAAGUGAAUGAUAAAUGAGCACUUCGGUACCCAUUAACCAUUACAGUCUAAAAGGAGGGUUUUUUUUAUUCUUCUAUUCCUGUUGUAAAAAUGCAUUUACAAGUCCUGAAUUCUGAGUGUACCAUCUUGAUAAACAAACUGUCCUGUUUACCAGAAGGGAAAUGAUUGAUAGAACCCUUAAUCUCCAGAAGUGUUCUGUGAAGGUCUUUUGGUUUAUGAUUGUGAUUCUCAAUACCUUUCCAGUUCUAAAAGACUGCCAUAAGUGCUUUGUGAUGUUGCAUCCAACCUAUCAACUAUUCUAACAUGACUCCUAUGUUAUCAUUUUGCCUUUUUUUUAGCAGAUUGUACAUUUUCUCCUUCCUGUUGGACUGAAGGGCUGUGACUGCAUCAAAUUGUUUAACAGACGUUAAUUAUUUGAAAAUGUGACUCUAGCUUUAAAACUCCCAUUCCCUUUGCAAAUGCUGUAUUCUUUCUCUUGAAGGUGAAGCAUUCCUGGAUGACUUGUUAAAGGCACUGUCUGCCAAUGAAUGGUGUGUGUGUGUGUUUUAUUCUUAUUGUUUUUAAUGCUAUCGACCUCUUUGAAUUAUGGAAUUGCUUUUCCACAUAAUUUCCUAUUUGGAGAGGGUGAAGUGUUUAAUAUCAGCUGAUCACAAAAAGGAAUGAAUGAGGAGGCUGCUUUGAAGGAAAGAUAAGUGACAGUUUAGCAUACUUACCAUAAUUCAUAAAAUAUUUUGGGAUGUAUCCAACUAAGUUCUACUCAGAGUUGACUCAUUGAAACUAAUGGGCCUAAGUUAGCCAUGUCCAUUAAUUUCAGUGGGUCCACUACAAGUAGGAGUUAGUUAGAUACAGCCCUUUGUCUCUUUCCCUGCAAUUUCCCUAUUUUUUUUAAAAAAAAGCUAAAGUGAAACGUUAGCCAUGUUUAGAUUUUUUUUCUUAUGUCGCACCGUUGCAUAAUGGUACUGCAUAUGUUCUGAGCAUAUCCUUGGUGAUAAUAUUGUGUUCACAGCAAUUAAUUAGCUUAUUCCAACCUUGUGGACACCUAAAAAUCAGAUGUUGUUCAGGAAUUUUGUGGGUUCAUACACUGACCUGAAGAGGCACUGUAUUUCAUCUAUUUGGGGUGGGGUAGGUCUAUAAGAAAUAAAAGCUGCCAGCAAUAGAAACCAAGAAGCCAGGUCUGAUGGAGAGAGAGGGAGGUGGGUGUAUUGUCCCCAUCAGAUUGCUUGCCAGUUCUAAGAGAAUUCUGAAUGUGGCGAAAAGAGUUCUGUGUGUAUGUGUCUCCGUGUGUGUGUGUUGUGUUGUGUAUGCCAGGUGGUAUCGUGCAUUAGUAGGCAACUGACAUAGCUGCAAGUGUGGUUUUUUAAAAGUAUAAAAUAAAAACUCACUUGCAUGGGAUGAAGAGUACAGAAAUGACACUUAUGAACGUAACACUGUAGUUUAUAGAUCUUUAAGCUGCUAAUUGUUGAGAGGGAUUGACAUUUGUCUGAUAGUUACAGGUUUGUCUGUGACUUAUGCUGUAUAUAAAAUUAAAUAAAGACCUCAGAUACUAA